AUCGGUUAUUUUUAUUCCUGAUGUUUUGUUUCUUGCUCCUAAUUUUGUUUAGGUUCCCCCCAAAACCGUUUGGUUAUGCUGUAGUGGUUGGACUAUGGAUAUGAUAAGGUUUUACCUGAAAUCUCUGUACGCAGUCAUUUCGUUUCUUGUCACAAGUCCGAAUCAAUCUGAUAUCGGAGCGCAAUCUUGAUACAGCUGUUGUAUCUGAAUUGCACCAACCCGAACGCAUAUUUAAUUAUCGAUUGAUUUCAACUCCAGACGUCCCCGCUGCCCGUCGUCGGUUUCUAUCCAGCGCACACUGCAUACACAAUGCAUUUGGCCAAGUGAUUGUCUGGAAGUGGCAGAUGCGUGCUCGGAAUAACUCCAUUACUCCGGAGAGAUAACCCCAUGUUCUUGAAAAAUGGCCUGCAGGUCUUAAUUGCCUUUAUCCUUAGCCCGUGGAGGACCUUUUUGUCAAUGAUGUGGAAAAAAUAUGAUUCCUUUUGCAUGAGAUCGAUAGCAUCGUGGAUGGGGUUUGCGGUAGUGGAUUGAAUUCCUGCUGGAGACACACAGCUGUCAAGUGUUUGACAGAUGUGUAUCAACUACGCUGAGUGGAUAUAGAUGGGCUGUUUUUUAUGGGCUUUCUUGCAGUUUCCCGAGCGGACGCGUUGUGCAAUGCAUUUGCGUUUUAUUUGAGCGUUCUGGGAUAAGAAUGGUGCAGUUUAAAGCGCUGGUGUUGUUCGUGCUGGGCUUUGGUGUUUUCGUGUUGGGCUUGCUGGGUGUGCGACUGAGUGGAUUGGAUUUGGAGGGAUUUCGCGCCACUGGAAACGGAUUUGCUUACAAUUUCACCACUUUAAACGGAGGCUCCGUCCUAUCAAAUGGACCAUCUGUCGAAUCCAGCUUGAUUGUGGUGUAUAAUCGUGUUCCCAAAACCGGCAGCACAUCCUUCACCGGUCUGGCUUAUGAAUUGUGCAGUCGGAAUAAAUUUCAUGUGCUCCAUUUAAAUGUCAGCAAGAACUCGCAUGUGCUGUCGCUGGCCGAUCGGUAUCGUUUUGCCCAGAACGUCACACGAUGGCGGGAUAAGCAUCCGGCCUUCUUCCAUGGUCAUGUGGCCUUCUUGGAUUUUGCCACGUUGGGCACGGAAAUGAAGCCGGUCUUUAUCAACAUUAUCCGUGAACCCAUCGAUCGGAUGGUCAGUUAUUACUAUUUUCUCCGCUAUGGGGAUGAUUUUCGUCCCUAUUUGUCCCGCCGAAGACAGGGCGAUCGAAAAUCAAUCGAUGACUGUGUGGAAAGCCAGGGAAAGGAUUGUGAUCCCAGCAAUAUGUGGUUACAAGUGCCAUUUUUCUGCGGACAUGCCGCAGCCUGCUGGGAGCCGGCAGGCAAUACGUGGGCGCUGGAGCAGGCCAAACGGAAUCUGGUCGAUAAGUAUUUCCUGGUCGGUGUCACGGAGGAAAUGGAGGACUUUGUCCUCAUGUUGGAGGCCACUUUACCGUCCAUGUUCCGCGGCGCCUGGAAUGCGUACAAACGGGGUGACAAAUCCCAUUUACGCAAGACAUAUAAUAAAACUACACCGUUACAAGCCACUUUGGACAAGCUGCAGCAGUCGGAUGUUUACAAAGUGGAGGCGGAAUUCUAUCGAUUUGCUUAUGAACAGUUUCAGUUUGUCAAGAAGCGAACAUUAGUACUGCGCAAUGGCCGCUACGUGGAUCGGGGCCAGCAGUUCUUCUAUGAGAAAAUUCGCCCUCGGAUUGGUAAGGAGUAUCGAGUGCGUUAAACCUGGAUUCCGUUUUGAUUUAAUUCCGCAGCGUGUAUGGGAAUUCCAUUGUGCACGUCAAUUCCUGUAUGGCAACAGCCGGUGUCUUUCAGAUCUGUUGUGCCUUUUUCAGCUUUUAAUGCUGAGUAUCCUUAUGCUAGUUUCUGCAUAUCAUUGUUCCUGAUGACUUUUCCGUAUUGGCAGUAUGGAUGAUGACAGUAUUGUUCUCAAGUUUUUUGCUCACAACUGCAUGUUUUCAGUCACUGCAUUGUUAUGUUUUAUUGUGUUAAUGCUGACAACGGUUUCAGUUUUCCAGCACUGACGCCUUGUUUUCUUUUGUUAAUGGCAAGAAUAAAUAAAUAUCGGAGUCAAGUGGUAAA